GAUUUUAAACCUACGUCUUGCAGUUUUCUUUGCGGAAACCUUUUCCGACAAGAUGAUUACGUAGUGAGCCCUGGAAUGUGGAAGAAACGUCUCAGACCCGAAGCAGUGCCAUCAGUUUUUGGCUUUCCGACACAUUUGAUGCCGCCAAAUAAACAGCCACGACGACAUGUUAGGAUUUUGAGUGACAACGAUGCUUCUCCAUUUGAGUGUUCUGUCCUGGAAUCCGUGCUUGAUUUGCCCUCUGCAGAAGCUAGUGAUUGCGUGGAGAAUGUUGUCAAUGAGAAUUCUUCCGUGGAAAGCAAGUCCCAUUUAUCCAAUGCAGAAGCUGCGAAUUGUGUCGAAAACAGUGCAGUUGGUUCUCAAGUAAUUGAUUGUGGUAUACAGUCGAAAGUAGAAAUGGAAGACAAGGCGACCGAAACUUGCAAUUUUUUCUCAGACAUUGUUCACGAAUUAAAACGUAAACUGAAGUGUGUCUGAGAAAAACUUCGAAGAAGAGAGAAGAAAGUGUUUUCCAUGGAUAACAUCAUAAGUUCAUUGAAGGAGAAGGGGCAUCUUCCUGAGAAGUUACAUAACUUCCUCAAUCAUCAGAAAGGAACACAAGUGGAAUUAGUGUGCAAUUUAGUGGACAA